GAAAUAUAUAUAAAGGGCUGGAGUCAUCUAGCAAGCAAGUGGCCUGCGGAAGUCUUCCUCAGUUCACACACACUUGUCUGGCUUGACGCGUAGACAGGGAACCAAGCAUGGCAAAGCUGAAUCUCUCUUCCUACAUGUUAAUACUAACUUUUUCUCUGUUUUCUCAAGGUUUUUUGCUUUCAGCUUCCAAGUCCAUAAGGAGCUUAGAGGACGACGUGGUGUUGAACACACUUAGGAUGGGGAAGGCCUUUCAGAAGGAAGAUGCUGCGGAACGAUCGGUCGUUGCCCCUUCUCUGGAACAAUAUAAAAACGACGAGAGUGGUUUCGUGAAUGAUGAGGACAACAAAAAUUCAAAGAACACGGGCUCCAAACACAAUUUCAUAAACCACGGUCUGCCACUGAACCUGGCUCUCAAGCCUUAUCUUGCACUGAAAGGAUCCGUAGCUUUUCCGGCUGAGAAUGGAGUGCAGAACAUUGAAUCAACACAAGAGAAGAGAGAAAUUGGGGAUGAAGAAAACUCAGCUAAAUUUCCGAUAGGAAGGAGAGAUUUUGACAUGCUCAGGUGUAUGCUGGGCAGAGUCUACCGGCCUUGCUGGCAAGUCUGAUGCCUGUCAGUGUGCAUCGUCUUCUCAGAAGAAAGCAGAAUCACUUCAUGGCCCAUGGGGAAAACAGCCCUGCGUGUUACUGUAAUUUGUGUUAUUAUUUCAAACAUCUCCCUUAAAAGAAAACUGUUAAAUGUACUCGUAAUCUAAAUGAUGGGCUUUUUCU